AUGCAUUCUUUGCUGUGUUUCCCCAUGAUCAGGUUCCUCCAAAUGCCCACAAUGGUUGCUACAUUAUCCUUUCUUGCAAUCCUCAUGCUUUUGCUUCAGACCAACUGUAUGGAGUGCGCUUCUGGUCACAUUGACAACUGUCACAUUGACAACUUCCAUUACCAGGCAAGGGCAGAAUUCCUGCAACUUUCUGGCUAUGGCAAAGGACAAAGCCAUGAAGUGCUCCCCUCCCUAAAAAGAUAUCUUCAACAUUUUGGCUAUUUGGACACGGUUGCCGACACAGGAUUCUCUGGUGUUUUUGAUGAAGAUCUAGAAGCUGCCGUGCAGAAAUACCAAGCGUUCUUCAGCCUCAAUGCUACUGGUAUACUCGACACAGCAACAGUGCACCAAUUAAUCCAGCCGAGAUGUGGCGUACCAGACAUAAUCAAAGAUCUAGCGCUGGCAAAAUUCCACCACCGGAUAAAUGUCACUGGCAACUCAAGUUCAUCACUGUACCGUAUCAGAAAUAGCCGUUGGCCACCAUCAAGCAGGAGUCUCUUGUAUAAUAUUGAAGAGAACGAGCACAUGCCAUUUCCUAUAGAAGAGCUGAGGCCUGUCUUCCGUGAGGCAUUCCAAACAUGGGCUUUGUCCUCGCCAUUCGGCUUCAGAGAGACUUCGACCGACAGAAUCGCUCAGUUGCACAUCGGAUUCUACAGAGGGCAGCACCACGCAAGUUGUCCUCCAUUUGGCGACUUGCUCGCACAUGCAUCUUAUCCACCACAUGGGAUGCUUCACAUCAACGCAGAUUAUGUAUGGGCGAUCGACCCUGAGAUCUUGAAGAACACGGAAGAAUCGUACGAUGUUCAAUCGGUCGCCCUUCAUGAGAUUGGCCAUCUAUUGGGGUUGGGUCAUAGUACAGUUCCAGAAGCAAUCAUGUAUGCUACAUUGGAUCCUCAAACAAGGAAGGUGGAGCUGCAUGGCGAUGAUAUUGCAGGAAUCAAUGCUAUGUAUCCUCGGUCUAGUUGA